UCUCUGCUGUUUGUCUCUCCCAGGAGAGCUCUUCCUUUUCUACUCACCACCCCCAACGAGAAGAUGGCGCUAAGUGGCAGCAGUGGAGAAUUUCCCAGCAUUAAUGCAACGGUCGCAACCUGGGGGACUACAUUUUCACCAAUGAAUGGAAGUGACCAGGACCCUCCUCAAAAUAUCGACAUGGGGACACUGAUCUUGGUCUCGCUGAUGGCCAUCAUUGCCAUGGUUGGACUGGCAGGAAACGCGGUGGUGCUGUGGUUCCUGGGCUUCCGCAUGCAGAGGAACACCUUCUCUGUCUAUAUCCUCAACCUGGCGGGAGCCGACUUCCUCCUCCUCUGCUGCCAGAUUGUACAUUCCCUGGAGAUACUCAGCAAUAACUUCCAUUCUAUUUCUAUUUCUAUCUACAGCUUUUUCUUCACUGUGUUCAACUUUGCCUACAUCACGGGCCUGAGCCUUCUCAGUGCCAUUAGCACCGAGCGCUGCCUGUCUGUCCUGUGGCCCAUCUGGUACCGCUGCCACCGCCCCAGACACAUGUCACCUGUCAUGUGUGCCCUGCUCUGGGCCCUGUCCCUGCUGUUGAGCAUCCUGGAAGAGAAGUUCUGUGUCUUCCUGGUUUGGGAUUUAGAUCAUAUCUCGUGUUCAGCAUUAGAUUUACUCAUUGCUGGGUGGCUGAUUUUCUUAUUUGUGUUUCUCUCAGGGUCCAGCCUGGCCCUGGUCACCAGACUGCUGUGUGGCUUCCAGAGGGUACAGAUGACCAGGCCGUAUGUGACCGUCCUGCUCACAGUGCUGGUGUUCCUCCUCUGUGGCCUGCCCUGGGGCAUCCAUUGGUUCCUUCUAUACUGGGUUAAUAAUAAUUUAUAUAAGCUCUCCCUUCCUCUUCAACUGGUUUCAUAUGUCCUGUGCAGUGUCAACAGCUGUGCCAACCCCAUCAUUUACUUCUUCGUUGGCUCCUUUAGGCAGCAAUGGAGGAGGCGAAGGCAGACCCUGAAGCUGGUUCUCCAGAGGGCUCUGCAGGACUUUCCUGAGGGGGAUGAACAUGGAGGAAGUCUUCCUCAGGAAGCCCUGGAGAUGUCGGGAAGCAGUCUGGUGUCCUGAUUCAGAGUCUUGCUUUGUUCAGACACAUGGGGUUUAGAGAACCAGUUUUGUCCCUAUCAGUUUGGGAGG